AUGGCAUCAAAAUCAAAAUCAAAAUCCGAUCGCCAUUAUACUCUGUGCAUGUAUCAACUUAGAAGAUUCUUGAGCGGUAGUGAAACCCCAAAGUUUAGAUACGUCCAAUUUUGUAAAAUUAUAGAAAAAAAUUUCUACAUUGCUCGAAAGAAUCAUAUAGAGCUUAAGGUUAUGGAGGAAUUAUUGAGAGAUGAAAGCCUAUUUCCAAGUAUAAACGACUUCUUCCAAUUCACGUUAGAACGUAAACACUUCAAAGCAGUGGUGUUUCUUCAGGAGAUCAUGUCGUUCAAAAUCCACGAGGCAAGAUCAGCUGAUGGAAGGUCGGCAGUGCACUGUUUGGCUCGGCGCGGAUGCGUCGACAAGUACCACGGCAUCGUUGACGGACCGACCACGUCUCUCAUUAAUUUUUUCUUGAAAAAUUCGACGGAAAACCUCAUCGACGAGGAGGGAUACAGUUACCUGCACGGAGCCUGCUUCGUCGGCAACAUCGAAGCAGUGCAACGAUUCGUGGGCGAGGGUGCUGACGUGAAUCUCGACACGUACGAGUGCUCGCCGCUGCACGUCGCCGUCCAGUACCGGCGAGCGGACGUCGUGAAAUUCCUUCUGGAGCUCGGGGCCGAUCCAAAUCAGCGGGACCGAGAGCAGUCGACUCCGCUUCAUCGGCUCUCGUGGCUGCACAAGUGCGAUUGCGGCCCGGCCGACUACACCUGCGACAAGAGAAAUCCAGCCAAUCUGAUCGUCAAGAUGCUCGCCGCCAAAGGAGCCAGCAUGGACGCCCGCGAUAGUUCUGAACAGACCCCUUUGGACGUGGCAGUGUCCAAGUGCGACUUGGAGCUGUCGAAAUCGCUAUUGGAAUACGGUGCCAGUCAAGACACAUUGAACAAUAACGGUCCGAUCAACGUGAAUGAUACGACAUUUAGAAUGCAGCUGUUUUGUGCGAUUUAG